AUGCUAGUUGAAGGAAAAGGAACCUAUGUUUCCGCCAACAGUAACGGCUUGACGAGAAUAACUACCUCUUCAAGAGCUCUGCAGCAACGCUUAUUCUCUCUAUUACAACGAAAACAACAACUAAACCUUAAAAGCCUCUCUCAGAUUCAUGCCCAGAUUCUCCUUAAUGGCUUUUCCCGCAAUAAAAACUUCCUUCUUGUUAACCUUCUUUCCUUCUACAUUGACUCCGCUCAUCAUCUUCUCCAUGCCCAUUAUGUUUUUAAAGAUAUUGACAGCCCCAGCACUGCCAUAUGGAACCAGAUGAUUAGAGCCCAUGCUCGAACCCAAACCCCAACCAAAUCCUUCCACCUCUUCAAUCAAAUGCUCCUCACAGUUGCCCGCCCUGAUGCCUACACCUAUUCCUUUCUUUUGGCUGCUUGCACGUCUCUUUUGUCUUUGAGGCAGGGGCAACAGGUUCAAGCCAAAAUCUUGGCUGAUGGCUAUUAUUCCUCAAAUGUCUUUCUCAUGUCUAAGUUGAUUCAUUUCUAUGCUGCUGCUGGCGGCGACUGCGCUGGUAUUGACUACGCACAUCGGGUGUUUGAUGAUAUGGCUGAAAGAAAUGUUGUGAGCUGGAAUACCAUGCUUGCAGGGUAUAUGAGGUGUAGAAAUCUUGUCGGGGCGAGGAGGAUUUUCGAUGAGAUGCCGGAGAGGAAUGUCGUCUCCUGGACCACUAUGAUUUCAGGGUAUGCAAAAAACGGCAAGUGCAAGCAAGCAUUGAAUUUGUUCGAUGAAAUGAGGAGAGACCCUGUGGAAUUGGACCAGGUGGUAUUAAUGGCAGCCUUGACAGCAUGUGCAGAACUGGGGGAUUUGAUAUUAGGGAGGUGGAUUCACUCGUAUAUUCAAAAGACUUUUGUUGGUUCAAACCAGCGGGUGUCGGUUUCUUUGAACAAUGCACUUAUACACAUGUAUGCUAGCUGCGGUAUGAUUGAAGAAGCUUAUGAAACGUUUAGAUGGAUGCCAGAGAGAAGUACUGUUUCCUGGACAAGCUUGAUCACUGCUUUUGCAAAACGGGGCUAUGCACAAGAGGCUCUCCAAGUAUUUCAUUUAAUGCAAACUGUGGAAGCAAGGCCUGAUGACAUAACCUUCAUUGGGGUUCUUUCUGCGUGCAGUCAUGCUGGACUUGUUGACGAUGGCCGUGAAUUCUUCAAGGACAUGAUCCGAUGUUGGGGUAUUAAGCCUAGGAUUGAGCACUAUGGGUGCAUGGUUGAUUUAUUGAGUCGUGCUGGUUUCUUGGAUGAGGCACAAGAUCUCAUUGAAACCAUGCCUAUAAAACCAAAUGAUGCUGUUUGGGGUGCCCUACUUGGCGGUUGCAGAAUUCAUAGCAAUGCUGAGCUUGCUUCCCAUGUGUCUCAAAAAUUAAAGGUGGAGCUUGACUCUGACAAAGCUGCUGGUUACCUCUCGCUUUUGGCACAUGUGUAUGCAACUGCUGAAAAGUGGCAGGAUGUUGCUGCCGUGAGACAGAAGAUGGUUGCGAUGGGUGCGAAAAAGCCCGCCGGUCGAAGUUGGAUUCAAAUAAACGAAGUGGUUCAUGAUUUUGUGGCCAGUGAUAGGACUCAUAAAAAUACGUCUUCAAUCUAUGAGAUGCUUGGAAUGAUCACCUGGCAAGCAAAGUUGGAAGGCUAUAAAUCAAGCAUAUCAAAGGUGUUAUCAUCAGAUGUUGACGAGUAA